AUGUUGUCAGAAUUCUGCCCUAAAUACCUGGCGCGGGAUGAAGCAGUUCGACUUUCAACCACGCGUUACUUCUUGGCUUUCUGCCAUAAAUAUUUCCUCAGUCUCCACUUGCUGCAAGAGAGCGGCAGUCGUCAGGAUGUGGCUGUUCAACGUGUUGCUGGCAACCCAAAGGAUGUCCUCCGUCACGACACACACACUCUGGCCAGGCUUCAGUUUGGGAAGGAUCUGUUAGACGACUACUGCAAGAAAUAUAGGAUGGCUGUAGCACAGGGCCUGUCUGGGUGCAGAAAGGAUCAGCACCCUCACUGUCUGGCUAAUGGAUCAGUGGUGCUAGGCAGCUGCCGCGUCAAGCGAGCUGUGUGUGUGGAGAAUGUACUUGAAGACUUUGGCUGGCUCUCCUGUGCCCUUCAGUAAAGCUAUCCAUUGAGUGCUUGUCUACCUGUUAUCACCGGCCACCCAGCACCACCAUACUCUAUGGAAUCGUCUGCCUGUUAUCGCCGGCCACCCAGC